AUGGAGCCUCUGGAAUCAGUGACGUUUGAAGAUGUAGCGAUCAACUUCACCCAGGAAGAGUGGGCCCUGCUGGACACAUCCCAGAGAAACCUGUUCAGAAAUGUGAUGCUGGAGAACGUCAGUCAUCUGGUCUCCGUAGGUGAGUCUGUCAACACGGAUGUUUCUCACACACAAGGGGAUCCUGUUGGAUGGACUGAGUUGAGUGAUGAAUUUACUCCUAGAUCUUCACCUCAACAUUCACCAAUUCCCUUAAGAAGGAAAAGUACUGUCAGCAAACAGCGUGGAAAAUCACUUAGUCAAGGGUCAUUCCUUGAUGGACAGGAUCACAUUCAUGCUAGAGCUAAAUCGUAUGAAUGUCCUCUAUGUGGGAAAGUCUUUAGUAGAUGCUCUACACUCAGCAGACACAAGAGGAUUCACACUGGAGAGAAACCAUAUAAAUGUCAUCUGUGUGGGAAAGUCUUCAAUCAAAGUUCCUCCUUGAAACAACAUGAGAAAACUCACACAGGAGAGAAGUGCUAUGAAUGUCAUCAGUGUGGGAAAGCCUUUCUUCAAAGCUCUGGCCUUAGUUCACACAAGAAAAUCCACACUGGAGAGAAACCACACAUAUGUCUUGAGUGUGGGAAGGCCUUCAGUCACAGUUCAGGGCUUAGUUCGCACAUGAGAAUCCACACUGGAGAGAAACCACAUGUAUGCCUUCUGUGUGGGAAGGCCUUCAGUGAACAUGCUAAACUGAGAGAACAUGAGAGAAUCCACACUGGAGAGAGGCCCUAUGAAUGUCAGUGGUGUGGGAAAUGCUUCAGUCGUGGCUCCUCCCUGAGACGACAUGAGGGAACCCAGCACUGGAGAGAAACUCUUUCCACACAACUCAGCUCCACUCAUUCCAACGUCCCCCUAACCCCGUCUAUCCUUUCAGGCCCUGGUGGUGACACAGCUCUGAUCUUCAGCUCCACUGGAGAGAAGGGCCCGGUGCUGCUGCGGGUGAGGCCUGUGCAGGUGCUGGGACCCCCGGGAAUGGACAACCAGGAAAAGAGCAUCUGGAGACUGGAAGUCAAUAAAAAUGGAGGCCGUAGUACACCAGAGGGAGUGGGCCUCUUAACAAUGAGGUAUGAAGCCGAAGACCUACAUGUGCUCUCUGCCUACUGGUUGACCAGACUGCCUUUCAGCGGCUCCGGAGGCGGUGGCCAGUUUAACUUCCUGCUGACCACCGACCUGCGGUCCUAA